CGGCCACUCACCCGGAAGGAGAAGCUAAGCCUGGCUCUAUGGUGCAGCGCUGGCGGUGCCGCUGUGGGGAGUGGGUACUGCUCUCAGAUUUUAAAAAUUUAUUUAUUCAUGAGAGACAAGAGAGGCAGAGUCAGAGACACAGGCAGAGGGAGAAGCAGGCUCCAUGCAAGGAGCCCGACGAAGGACUCCAUCCCAGGACUCCAGGAUCAUGCCCUGGGCUGAAGGCGGCACUAAACCGCUGAGCCACCCGGGCUGCCCUGGUCACAACCCUUUGACUGCUUACAUUGGGGACGUUACACAUGGGUUGGAGCCGGUCUGGAUCAUUUGUUGGCAGUACAUAUUGGCUGAAGUCAGUUUUCAUUUCAAGAUGUUUUCUUCCAAUGGGCUUUUGGUGUAGGAUGUUGGAAAACCAAGAGCAGGAGGAGGUGAUCACCGUGCGUGUUCAGGACCCCCGAGUGCAGAAUGAAGGCUCCUGGAAUUCUUAUGUGGAUUAUAAGAUCUUUCUCCACACCAACAGCAAAGCCUUUACUGCCAAGACAUCUUGUGUGCGUCGCCGAUAUCGUGAGUUCGUGUGGCUGAGAAAGCAGCUGCAGAGAAAUGCUGGUUUAGUGCCUGUACCUGAACUUCCUGGGAAGUCUACCUUCUUUGGCAGCUCGGAUGAGUUCAUUGAGAAGCGGAGACAAGGUCUGCAGCAUUUUCUGGAAAAGGUACUGCAGAGUGUGGUCCUCCUAUCGGACAGCCAGUUACACCUCUUCCUGCAAAGCCAGCUCUCCGUGCCUGAGAUCGAAGCCUGCGUCCAGGGCCGAAGUCCCAUGACCGUUUCUGAUGCCAUCCUUCACUACGCUAUGUCAAACUGUGGCUGGGUCCAGGAAGAGAGGCAGGGCUCUUCUCAUCUGGCUAAGGGGGACCAGCCCAAGAGUUGCUGCUUCCUUCCAAGAUCGGGCAGGAGGAGCUCCCCCUCACCACCUCCCAGGGAAGAGAAGGACCAUUUUGAGGUGUGGGCUCCGGUUGUUGACUCUGCAGCUCCUUCCUUAGAGAGCACCCCCCUCCCAUCUGCCCCCUCCCUCUCAGGCUGUGAUUUUGCAAGGCCUGAGGAGGGAGCCUCUGCUCCCCAGCCUGUGAGGAGGGCUGUGGGUGGGGACCCUGCUGUGCCUUUGGACCCUGGGCAGUUAGAAACAGUUUUAGAAAAAGGAGCUCUGGUCUGAGCCUUGGGUUCUGCUCCAACGUGGAGAAGAUGGAGGCAGGGAGACUGGGGUGGGUUGGAGCACAGGGCAGGUGCUGGGGAGGUGGGGCCACUUGGAGUCUCACGGUGGCCUCUGCUCAGGUUGCGCACACAGAGCACAGUCACCACAACUCAAGCCCCCUCCAUGGGAUUAAACACUGGAGGUUGUAAUUUAGGCAUAAGGCCCAUAGGCUGUUGGUUUUGCACGGAAACAUGGGGUAUAUUUACUCUCCUGGGAGCUGAGUUUCUUUAGAUGCUUGUUAAUGGGCCCAGGCACAUUGCCUCAGGUUGACGGGUUUGGGGACCUGCAGAGUGGCAGUUUCUCAGCUGUCCUGUUGAAUACUGACCCAGCAAUGCUAGUAUACUUGUCUUCCACUGGCUGUGUUUUCGCUGCAGCCCUCGGAGCACUUUGUUUCUGGGAGGCCGGCCUCUCGCCUACCUCCUUUCCCUGCGGCCAGGGUGGUGAAUGUCUAUCCUCCGUACCCCUCGCCUCCUUGCUUUCCCUUCACCGACUCCUAAGGCCAGGGCACCCUCCAAUCCCAAGCCCUGAGCUGGCCACGGGGACCCCGAGACCCACGAAAUAGCUAACGGCCACCACGGGAGAGACGCAGGGGACGCCUGGAAGCUGGAGGGAGGGAAGGCGGCAGCGGGGGCUGGGGUUUAGGAGAGGCUGGCCCCGGGCCGCCCGGUCUCCCCUGGCUAUGAAGCAGGGCCGGGACUGGCUGCUCCGGGGUUGGCGACGGCGCCUGCGACGGCGCCUUUCUUUUCCGAAUCCUUCCCUUCUCCCCUAGUAACGGCCCCGCCCCCAGGGCUCCCGCCACCGCGCGGCCCCUCCACUGUGUCGCCGUGUCGCUGUGUGCGGGGAGGCCGUCUGUUCAGUCCAGUGGGGGCACAAGGGCUUUGUUUGUGCCUGGGGAGAGGGCUCUGGGGAUGGGGAUGAGGAACGGCAGGCCUUCAGACAAUGAGGCAUCUGGCCUCCCGCUGCCGCUGCCGUAACCGAAAGCCUCUCCGCUGGGAGCCAGCCGCCGGGCAGGGCGGGAGCGGGAGCGGCGCCACCCCGCCCGGCUGCUUCUGCUGCCUCGGCCCCAGGCUUGGGAGUGCGGUGCCCGCUUGUCCCUGUCCCCCGCCCCGCCCGCCCCGUCUCUGGGCCCAUGCACGCCCCGCGCUGCUGUGGGACUGUCGUGGCAUUUAGUUCAGAGUUGAGGGGCUUUGGCCUGAAAUAAAAUUCAAGUAUUUAAGACGGUUGUUGCCAU